AACUGCUCUCUGAAACUGAAAAAACAUCAUCGUCGAUAGCGAAACUCACAAUCUCCAAUUCGCAUCGGUCCGGGAAUCGGAAGAAGAGGAUUAAUGGCCGCUCGCUCGCUCUCUGUGUUCCCAAAUUCGCCCUCGAAUCCUCAGUCAAUCCCUAGAAGCGCACGCGAUUCCCCUGUCUCGCUCGGGUGGAAUCGGAGACCGAGCUGCUUGGCGAGCUCGUUCAAUGGGAACAAGCUCUCCGUCGUUCCUAUCCGAUCGAGACAACUCGUUCGCAGAUUCAAUUCCACCGUGGCGACGGUCUUGCUGAGUCUCCCCACCGGGAAACCAGAGAGAGCAGCUACUGACAAGCUCCCAAAAUGGUCAGCGAGAGCAAUCAAGUCGUUUGCUAUGGCGGAGUUGGAAGCGAGGAAGCUCAAGUAUCCAAAUACCGGCACUGAAGCUCUUCUCAUGGGGAUUUUGGUCGAGGGCACUAGCCUAGCUGCAAAGUUUUUGAGGGCUAAUGGAAUUACGCUAUUCAAGGUACGAGAGGAAACGGUGAACUUGCUAGGGAAAUCUGACAUGUACUUUUUCAGCCCCGAGCAUCCUCCAUUGACAGAGCAAGCGCAGCGAGCCCUUGAUUGGGCAGUUGAUGCAAAACUAAAGUCAGGUGAAAGUGGAGAAAUAACCACAACGCAUCUGCUUCUUGGGAUUUGGUCUGAAAAGGAAUCAGCAGGUCACAAGAUCCUAUCGUCCUUGGGUUUUACUGAUGAGAAAGCGGAGGAACUUGGCAAAUCUAUGGAUAAGGAUGUUAUUUUGAGCUACAAGUAAGUCUCAAAAUGGUAAAGAGGGAUGCUAUUCGAUUAUUGCCUUGGGGAUCCCACUGGGUGUCAGCUUUCUAAGCUCAGAAGGUUUAAGAUGAUUGAGGCAUGCUUGGAAGUUCAAAUGAUUCUGCCAAAGCUUUUUUAGGAUCAAGGAUAGACAUGUCUCAUCUCACUCUUGGGGGGUCUCCUGUUCAAUUCUCAACGGCUCUUUGUAGGGAUGCAGGAUUGUUUUCCUCGUGAGCAUUUUUGCGAGAAAGGGGAUGACCUUUUGUUAAUGGAAAUGAAUUUCAUACAUCUUCCUCGUCCACCAGAAAUCUCACUCGUUGCAGUUAAACAGUGUUUGGUGAACGUACAAAAUCUGGAAAGAAAUGAAGGGGUUAAACUUGGUUGAUUUUCUCUUUGACUCUCGUGUUUUAAUGUCGUUGGUGUGGCAUUGGGAACACAUUCAGGAAGCAUGUUUUAUGUCUUUGUGAACCAUUCUGGUUCAGCUUUUGGAUUGAGCAAUUGCAAAUGCUGGUGAAUUUUCCGAAAA